AUGGAACUAAAAGGAAAUACCAGAGUGGACAUGGCUUGGAUAGAUCCUCCGCCCGACUCUCUGAAGGAACAAGAACAUUUUAACACUACAACAAAGCUUAUCCUCGAGGCUAGCUUCUACUCCUGGGCUGUCGGACUUAAUCUCUUCAGCAACGCUAAUGGAAGUGAGGGCAUCGAUGACCCCGUUCUGGCCCAGCAGUGGUGUGAAACAACGACAUGUCCCUUGGCGUCCUUGGCAACACAAGAGAAUUGCUGUAUUCACCACAUGAAUAUCCAUAGCUGUCCCAUGGACGGGAAUCUCGACGUGUGUGGACCAUGGAUUCCACCAAGUGGAAAAGUCUUUACGCACUCCCAGGUCCUUGUGGGAUCAGCCUCACAGGGGAACUGGACAAACUCUGUGGGGGGUCUGUAUGUUACUGGUCAGACCUCGGUAAUCGCCCACUUUAAAGUCGCCGCCGUCAGCAUCGCGCUCAUUAAGAUGGUCAAGGUUCUUCCUAAAGCAGUGUGUGGUGAUGGUACGUGCGAGCCAGAGGAAACGUGCUCUACGUGUGUAGCAGAUUGUGGAACGUGCCCUCUGGAGCCCUGGAUGUGGGCUGUCAUAGGGCUAGGGAUACUGGCGGUCGUCACCAUGUUUGGGGGCCUCCUUCUUAAAAUACAAUUUCAGAAGAGGAAAUUACUUCUCGAUGAAAGUUGGAUUUAUCAGUAUGAUUCAAUAAUGCAAGACCAAGACAAUCGACAAGCUUUUGGGAGCUGCAUUAGCAGGCGUUCCAUGGCCUACCUGGGGAUGGAUGACGCCAUUAGUACAGCCGGUUCUUUUACCGCAUAUAAACAACUGUUUGCUUCAACUGGCCUCAUUGACGGUAAAACGGUUACUAUCCGAAAAAUAAAUAAAGUUCAGUUUUUGUUGACGAGGCGCAUCAGAGAGGAGGUGCGAGUCGUAAGAACAAUGGACCACGUCAAUCUGUGUAAAUUUGUCGGUGGGUGUGUAAAGGUUCCGAAUGUCUGUAUCCUCAUGGAAUAUUGUCCAAAGGGCAGUCUGAUUGACGUCCUACUUAAUGACGACAUACCGCUUUCUUGGUCUUUUCGGCUAUCCUUCGCUACUGACAUAUCCCGGGGGAUGGCCUAUCUCCACACCCACAGCAUGUCCCACGGUCGAUUGAAAUCACACAACUGUGUUAUUGAUGACAGAUGGACAGUAAAAAUAACAGAUUAUGGCUUGCCAACAUACCGUCUGAAUGAGUUUGACGACGAGGAUCACGAGGGAGAAAUGAAUAUGAAAACAUCACGGUACCGGGUUUAUUAUGCACCUGAGUUUGAACAUGACAAGUUGUCCUCCAAAGACGUCACGAACUCUGUGAUGAACGAACAAUCCAAUGAAGGAGAUGUAUAUGCCUUCGGUGUAAUACUUGUAGAGAUCGCCACGAGGAAUGAAGCAUACGGAUUGAUUGUGUCCUGCUGGAAUGACAACCAGAAUGAUCGUCCAAAGUUUGAUUUCAUAAAGAAGCUGCUACAUAAGAUGAAUCCAAAUAAGCUGAACCCCGUGGAUUUGAUGAUGAAUAUGAUGGAGAAAUAUUCUACCCAUUUGGAAUCCUUGGUGACAGACCGGACGAAGGAACUCAUACUGGAGAAACAAAAGACUGACCGUUUACUAUACAACAUGCUACCGAAGUCGGUAGCAGAUGAACUUCGCCAUGGCCGUCCGGUUGAGGCAGAAACAUACGACAUCUGCACCAUCUUCUUCAGUGAUAUAGUCGGCUUCACGAGUCUCAGUAGCGGUAGUACACCAAUGCAGGUGGUGGCUCUACUCAACAAACUUUACAUCACCUUCGACGAAAUCAUAGAAAAGUUCUUGGUUUAUAAAGUAGAAACAAUCGGCGAUGCAUAUAUGGUUGUUUCUGGUGUACCAAACCCAACUGAAAACCAUGCUUCUGAGAUAGCUAAGAUGGCUCUUGAACUUGUGGAGGAGAGCAAGAUAUUUACGAUACCACAUAGGAAGGGAGAAAAUCUUAAAAUUCGUGUUGGACUCCAUUCGGGUCAUGUAUGUGCUGGGGUGGUUGGACUGAAGAUGCCCCGUUAUUGUUUGUUUGGAGACACUGUAAACACUGCCUCGAGGAUGGAGUCCAACGGUGAAGCUUAUCGAAUCCAUAUCAGCGAUUCUACACACACGGAACUUGCUCUGUACGACGAAUUCGUGUUCGAGGAGAGAGGCGCGAUCCCUAUAAAGGGGAAAGGCGAAAUGAAAACAUGGUGGCUACUCAGUGCUGGAAAGACCAAGAAAAAUGACAACAUCGUCACGAUUGCUGACGACACAAAUAUUCUUAUAGAGGAUUUUGUCGCUGAGAACGAAAAGAGGAUGAACGAUAUCGAUCAAAACUGUGUUGACAACAAAACUGGAAAACAAAACGGAAACGUGGACGGAUGUAUCAGCCUUUUAAAAAAUCUCAAUAAUAAAUUAGGGAUGGAUUCACAGUCAGAACAGAAAGGCGUCAGGUUUCAGUAG